UUCAAUAAAAAUUGACGUAAAUAAGUCGUCGCAUGUCAAAUGGUAUUCAAUACUCGAUCGUAACGGAACGUAAAUUUUAUAAGCGUAAAACUCUGUGUUGAUAAAAUCAGCCAAUGAAUGAAAUAGUAAAGUAAUUAUGGUACAAUGAUAACAAAAUUUACCCGCGAACCAUUUUAUGAGGCUUAAAUUUUUAAAACGCGGAUAUCGUAUUGCGAAAGGGGGAUUGUCGAAAAUGGCUUAUACGGAGUCGCCGGCUAAGGCUUCGCUGUGCUGUGAGGAGUUGCAGGAUGGUGCGCCGCCGACGUACGCGAUGUAUGAGGCUUUGAAAGAUUCAUGCCAAAACAACGCGACCUAUUUUCAGCCGGAUGAUAGUGAAAAUGGCCAGCGACUGUACCAGGGGUUCAUGACUCUCAUGGAUCAUGUAGAUACAGUAUGGCCAUUGGUUGAUCAUGUGAGAAAGGUCGCUCCUCAGUACGACUUCGAUGCCAAAUCCCCCGGCAACGGAUACCGCAGCUUCGUUUCAGUGGUCGAUUCGUGUGUACUACACGGGCUCAAACUCAGCAGACAAGUGAAUACCAGCAGAGAUGCGCUUUUAUUCCGGAAAGGACAUUUCGUAAAGGAGAUUGAAUCCUGCGGGCAGCUGCUUGCGUCCUUAGGGACGUGUCUUCACCACUUGCACACGUUACUGUCGUGGGCGCCGCCUGGCGAACUUUUUCCUACGGAGCCUCAUACUCCUGAAGAGUUGUUCGCACAGGCUGACACCAUCAACCAGUAUUGUUUCUAUGGAAGGUGUCUUGGAUUUCAAUUCUUACCAUCGAUGCGUGGCAUACUGAAAGGCAUAUCAAUAUGUAUGGCGGGUUUCUCCGAGGCGUACUACUGUCACGGCAACCUGAUCAGUUCUGUGUGGACUGGUGGACAGUACCUCAUCGACCCUGAGAUGAGAGCAAGGAGAAUCGUUAACAUCUCGCAGUCGGCAAGCAUCGAGUUCUGCAAGGCGUUCUGGUUUCUAGCUGAAAGUGAAAUUAUGAAGAGGGUACCAAGUUUAAUGUCAUCACCAGUCGCUGUGAACAAAAUAAUAACUAUCCCGCCGGAGCCAAUCACAGUCACGACUUUGGACGGCAAGGAGACCACAGUGCUGCCACCUACAGUGCAUAUAGGACUGCAGGGGUUAAACGUCAGGCUCAUUAGCGCAAAUAAACGGACUGGCAUGGCAGGUGAAGGCUCAUCAUCACUGCCUCCAGCUGACGGGGUCCUCUUCCACUGUCAUGGCGGCGGCUUCGUGGCCCAGAGCUCGAAGUCCCACGAGACGUACUUACGCGACUGGGCCGCUAAACUGAACGUGCCCAUACUGUCCAUCGACUACAGCUUAGCGCCACAAGCGCCCUUUCCGAGAGCGUUGGAAGAAGUGUACUAUGCCUACUGUUGGAUGUUGACGCAUUUUAAGGAGAUUGGUACUACUGGUAAACGCAUAGUAUUUGCGGGCGACUCGGCUGGCGCUAACUUAGUAGCCGCCUGUACUCUCAAGAUAUUAACAUCGGGGUUGCGAAGGCCUGAGGGCAUGUUCUUGGCGUACGCUCCUCUUAUGAUCAGCUUCGUACCUAGUCCAGCGAGGUUGCUGUGUUUAAUGGAUCCUGUUCUACCCUUUGGAUUUAUGAUGAGGUGUCUUAAAGCAUAUGCGAGCCCGAAUACGAAGUCCGAGGGCGGCGGCAAGAACAAAGAUGAUAAGCAACACGGAGGCAACAACCAGACAGUAGUGUCAAGCGCCACCACACCACUCGAUAGCAACGGUUUUCUUAAAGUCAGCCCUUCUCAAGAAGGCAUAAGCGAGGGUCCGUCAUCAUUUGAGGAGGUAUCUCCGUCAGAUUUAGCAGAACUGCAAGCACACAAGUCUGGCAGUGAGCGCAGAAAGUCUUCGGAUACCACGAUCAGUGCCACCUCGUUACAGAGUGAACACACAGCUACUGGCAUUACGCCACCAGAGGAUAAAUCUCAAAAGUACGUGUCCGACUUCCUAGAAAGGUACGUGUUGGACAGCGACACGGACUCUGAAGGGCGCAGGAUACCCAUCAUUAAACCUUCACCUAAGGCUUACGAAGAAUCUCAUAGGGAGGCAGAAUCUGAAAACUCAAGCACACUAGUAGGUGAACCACCUUUAGUGGAUGAUAACGACUUUACUAAAGACAAUAAGAAGAGGAUAAAAACAAGGAUAAGUGAAGCUGCAACGGGUUUUAUGGGCGCCAUGUCGUCUCGGCUCGCGUACAUCACAGGGUCUAACGCUAUCUCUAGGCCGACACAAGACGACUUAGCAGCGCGCACGAAUCUCGACGCGUUGAUAGCUCGCAGUCCGUCCGAUGAGUUUAUAUUCUCAGUGCCGAGGGAUCCCUUCCUGUCGCCGUACUGGGCCGAAGAUCAUCUGCUCAAGAAGUUCCCGCCUGUCAGAAUACUGACUGUUCACCUGGAUCCUUGUCUGGAUGAUUGCGUGAUGUUUGCCAAAAAGUUGAAGAAACUAGGCAACAGUGUAGGCAUCGAAGUAUUAGAGGGAUUGCCGCACGGAUUUCUUAAUUUCUCACUUAUGGCCAAAGAAGCAAACGAGGGUUCGAAGUUAUGCAUUGAACGCAUCAAACAGCUGCUAGACCUCGAGAACAACCCUGGUUCGAGAGAGAAUAACCAGUUAUGAAUGUGUGGCCUCUGCUGCCGUUCGUAGGGCUUGAAUAUGUGCCUGAGCCUGACAAACGUGACCACAGCAUGUUACUAUGCCCACAAUGUACGCGAGAAUUACAUUUUCUCAAGCAACUAUACCAAA